UGUUUAUAAGAUUUAUAUUUUACUUUGAACGAGUCGGAAAUAACAGCGGAUUUAUACUUUACUGUCACUUUGUUUUCUUCUAAUACUUUCUACAACCGUAUUGUUUUGCUCCAGUUCAGUGGAUGGUGACAUUGUGAAAUUGUGUAGAAAUGUACGCAGGACGGAAAAGAAGAAAAUCCGCACAGAAAGCUGUAAAGCAGCCUCCAGCAGACGGAGUGAAGUCAAACCCGUCUAAACGUCAUCGUGAUCGUCUGAACUCAGAGCUGGAUCGUCUCGCACGCUUAUUACCGUUUCCUGAUGAAGUCACUUCGAGUCUAGACAAACUGUCCAUACUACGUCUGAGUGUCAGCUUCCUGUGCACGAAAAACUUCUUCUCUGUUACCCUAAAGAAUCACACCAGUAAAAGUUUGCCCCCCAGCAUCUCUGACCACGACAGCAGUAAAGCGACAGGACUGGUGGAUAGACGUGUACCAGAGGGGGAGCUGCUCCUGCAGGCUCUUAAUGGUUUUGUGCUAGUGGUCACUUCAGAAGGGAUCAUAUUCUACGCCUCACACACUAUUCAGGAUUACCUUGGAUUCCACCAGACGGAUGUGCUACAUCAGUGUGUGUAUGAGUUGGUCCAUACGGAGGAUCAGCAGGCAUUUAGGCGUAAUCUGCACUGGGCUCUAAACCCUCCUAAUGCAGACCAACAACCAGAGAACACACAGGGUUCUGUCUCCAGUUCCUCUUCAGUUACUUAUAAACCAGAUCAACUGCCUCCAGAGAACUCGUCCUUCCUGGAGAGGAGCUUCAUCUGUCGUUUCCGCUGCCUGUUCGACAACUCGUCCGGCUUCCUGGCACUGAAUCUCCAAGGGCGUCUGAAGUUCCUCCACGGACAGAACAGACGACUGGAUGACGGAGGUCAAGCCCCACCCCAAUUGGCUCUGUUUGCCGUGGCUACGCCCCUUCAGUCCCCGUCCAUCUUAGAGAUCCGCACCAAGAACAUGAUCUUCAGAACCAAACAUAAGCUGGACUUCACUCCUAUGGCCUGCGAUGCCAAGGGUAAAAUAGUUCUGGGUUACACCGAGGCAGAGUUACGUGUCCGUGGUACAGGCUACCAGUUCAUCCACGCAGCCGACAUGCUGUACUGUGCAGAGAACCACGUCCGCAUGAUUAAGACCGGGGAAAGCGGCCUGACUGUGUUUCGACUGCUCACCAAGGAAAACCGUUGGAAAUGGGUUCAGGCCAACGCCAGGCUCGUGUAUAAAAACGGCAGACCUGAUUACAUCAUCGCCACUCAAAGGCCGCUUGGGGAGGAAGAAGGAGGUGAGCAUCUAAGGAAACGUUCCAUGCACCUCCCCUUCACGUUUGCAACUGGUGAAGCUUUAUUGUAUCAGACCAGCUUCCCCAUCCCCGGCUUCUCUGAUAACAUGGCUGCCAAAGGCAAGAGUGGGAAAGCCAAGAAAACCAAAGUAGACAAAGGGUCAAAGGAUGAGCCGGACCCCAGCUCCCUGCUUGGUGCGAUGAUGAGGCAGGAUGAGUCGGUUUACGUAUGCCAACCUGCGUCAGAGUCGAAGGUACCGUAUCGCAGCAGCCUAUUUACCAAACAGGAUGAGCAGAGCACUUUUCCUACAUCUGUGGAAAGUGACAAGUGGAAUUCUGAAUCAAAAAGAGUUUCCAAGUCUGAAAUGGCGACUGGGUUUGACCCCCUGCUGGUUACUCUUGAUUCUCUGUCACUAGAAAAUGAGGAAAACUGCUCCAACAGUGAGUUGUUUAAUGCGCUGGAAAAUCUGGGCUUGAAUGCAGAGGAUCUGGAGCUUCUGCUCCUAGAUGAGAGGAUGAUCCAGGUGGAAAUGGAGCCAGAAUAUGUACCUUCCCUCAACGAUCUCCUUACUAACAAUGAGAUACUGUCCUAUGUCCAGGAUUCGCUAGAAAAUAGCACAAGCAACGUGAAUAGUCUUGUUCCCCUUACUACCCCAGAGCCUGCGGGGUCUAUUGAGGGCUCCUCAAAUCCAUAUAACCCAUCCUCCAUGUCUGAAUUCUCUCCUAGCACUGUUUCAAGUCCAUAUUUACCCUUCCAUCACCCCAAACAUUCAUCCCCCAUUUUACUUUUGUCACAGCAGAUGCAGCAGCACUUGAGCACUCAGUCCCCGCAACAAAAAUGUCACAGCUGGAUUCCCGAGACACAGAUUAGUGAGGUUACGUUCCCUCACCACAGUUCAGUACUUGUUAAUGCAGUAGCUGAUGUUCAGAAUGGUCACUGGAUCCCUGAACAAACUCUGGAGGAAGUCUCACAGGACAGUGUAAAGUUUCCAGGACCAAAUAAACAUCAGCAGCAGCCUUUGUGCCAAAGCCAUAUGCAGCCCCAUUUUCUCUAUAAACACGAACAUAAAAAUGGUGGUGGCUUUCAAAACGGGAUCUUCCCAACUCCCCAGUGGCAAGGACCCAACUACAUAGACCAGUCACUGGUAACCACUAGUAGCCAUGUGGAUUACAAUACAGCCACCGUGUCUGAGGUGGAGUUCAGCAGUAGAUCACUCGGGGAAUUUCAAAGUGGCAUGCCAACUUUGUCAUCAUCGUCGUCAUCAUCGUCUUAUCAGCAGCUUUACACGCAACAAGCACCCACAAAUUAUUCCCACACCAAUCAGAACUCCUCACUGGAUCGCUUUCUUCCCUCGUUGGAUGUUUAUAAAAUGUUUGAUUCUACACAAUCCCAUGACUCCACCCACAGAAAGAUGGACAACAGCUUCGUCCUGAGCCCCACCAUGACCUGCCCACUUCCUAAUGACAACAGUGUGAAUCCCAAACCCAGUGACAAGCCUCACCCACAACUCCCAGCUCCUCCAGCCAAUGGCUUCUACCUUUGAUAAUGGAGGCCACACGACAGACCAAUCAGAACAAGCCCUGGGUAAAAGCCACAGGAAGAAAAGAACAAGUAAAAUUUCUGAUAAUGAUAAAACAUUUUAUUGGAGUCGAACGGUGAGGAUGUGGAUUAAUCAGUAAGCUCUCCGAGGUGUGUGUCGAGUUGUAGAUGAUUCUGUUUAUGACAUUCAGUUGAGAAUUUUCACACAUUAUUAAAUCCUGCCUGUUUGUUAAAGACGCCAAUGCUCUAUAAACAUGUUGUAUAGUUUUUAUAAGUUUUAUUAACAAGUGUCAGACACAGUGAGAGCUAUUCAUGGCUAUACACUGAAAUUCUACUAAAAAAGGCAGUAUUACAGGCACAAAACGGUUAAUAUGCGAGGAUUAGCUUAGACUUAUACGUGAUAGCUUAAUCAAGCUAAGCACUUCCGUUUAAGCACUUAAUAGGAACGAUUGUUAUUAAGUUACACCAGAUAGCUGUAAAGGGGUGAAUUGUGUAUAUUUGUGACAGAAAUACUCCCCAAUUCUUAUGUAAACUACUAGCUACUAUGACAUGGUAAGUUGUCGCCAUGUAAGACAGUCAAUGCGAUGGUCAAUAGUAUCGCUAGCUUCCUUGUGCAUGAGAUCUACCAUCCCUAGUGAAUUUCUAUGUAAAAGAACUGUUAAAAGUGAAACAGAACAUUUAAAGCAUUUUUUAAAGUGAUGAAGGUUAGCUAAAAUUGUUUGUUUGUUUGUUUGUUUGUUUACUGGUAAGAUUUUACACAUCAGCAGGAAGCAUGAGGCCUAGCUGGGUUGCGUUUCUUAAACCCUCUUGUUCCCGGCAUCACACCGUCUGAGCCAUAAUUUUCAUGUUUUGUUUAA